CACUGUACCUGAGAGACACAUCAACCACCGAUGGCUGUCUGCAUAUGACAUUUCUAUAGAUACUCUGAGGAUGUGGAACUGCCACAAACUUUUCUAUUAUGGAUUUAUGUCCAUGGAAGACCAGACCCCACUGCAAAGCAAUCAUCUGUGAGACAAGCAUGGAAGACAAUGGCUGUGAAGGUUAAGAGUCUGACAGCAGAUGGGAAGGAGCGUAAAAAAAAGGAUUAUCCAGAAAGUUCUCGUAUGUGAAAAGAAGACUCUCUUGAUCCCGAACUUUUACAAGACUGUACUGCCGUUGCUGAAGAGCUAUGUCUGUCUGUUUCAGUCAUCUGCCCCACUUGUACACAAGCUUCAUGAAAAGCAGGAAGCCUUGAUGAGACAGUUUCUGUCCAGCUAUGUGCGUCAGGAACAGAUUGAGACAGGCUCAAAAUUACUGAAGCAGGAGUUGGCAGAGGAUGUCGGUCAGUUCAUGAACAAAGGUUCCCUUCUGUAUGGAGGCCAGCAGACCAAAGAUCUCAUCAUGCAAUGUCGUAAGGACGACACCAUGGUGGCCCAGUUCAAGGAAAAUGUUUUCAAGGCAUACCGUGACACAGGAGUGUACUUGCAGAAGAAGCUGCCCUUGGGAAAUGAGCUUCUCCGAGCCCUUGUUUACGUUGACCCACUUAUGCAGAAUCGUCACAGUGCUCAGAUGAAACUGGAGAAGUUGCCUAAGUACCUGCCCAAAUUGUUGUCAGUACAGGAGCAAGACAACUUCUACUUGGAAGUUCGCAGGUAUCUGGUUGACAAGACUCUACCACAUUAUGAGGAAGAGAAGAUGACCUUGGACCAGUGGUGGACCAAGGUACAGAAAAAAGGACAGUACCCGAACCUGUGUAAGGUUGUGCUUGCAAUGUGCACUAUCUUUCAUGGCCCACAUGUUGAGUCUUCGUUUAAUAUAAUGGAAGACAUUGUGAAUGUGAGAUCAACAAGGAUUGGCACUGAUUUAUACAAUGCCUAUCAGACAGUGAAGUACCAUUUAAGAGCUCACAAGAAAAGUGCAGUAGAGUACUUCAAGCGUUCAGAUGUUGAAUUUGACCCUGUGGACCCAAAGCUUGUGUCAAACAUGACAAGUGCUAGUGCAGAAAGACCUGCAUAUGUGCCUAGUGACAAAUCCAUGCCAGAAAGUAAAGCAGCCACAAAGAGACGUAUGGAUGCUGAGGCCAGAGAUGACAGGCUGCUGUUUGUAAAAGAAAAAGCUGAUGAGCCACCAGCUAAAAUGGCUAAACUUUCUGAGCCGGCCACAGACUCUGACAAGAGGAAAAAUGCACUGGAUUUGCUCCUUCAAAAGAGAAAGGAGAAGCAACAAAGGAAAUGAACUUGACUGUGAUAUGUGAUAUAGGAGCUGACCAUUGUUGACAACUUCAUGUGGUUCAUUCAAAUUUGAAU